AUGCGAAAGUGUGACUCGGAUCUUGUUGCAGUUUUUACUCGAAAGCAAUGGGACGAGCUUAACACCUUGAUUAAUGCAGAGGAAAUUCACGCCCUUAAACUCCAGCGUGCCCAUGAAGCUCACGAAAAAAUGAAGGAAACGUCGCACGAGCUUCACAAACACUGGACCAACACAUUUAUGGGUGCUCGAGCGAAGAAGCUGAAGGAUCGACAGGAGAGAAUGGAAAGAGAGGAGGCGGAGCGAGUUGCUGUGGACCUUGAAUGGGCCAAAUUGCAGGCCGAAGAACGCCUUAAGAAGCUCUGCAUUGCGCGCACCGCACAGCUGUACAAAACUUCACGCGUCAAGCACUUCCACAGUGCCCUGGCUGACGGUGACGCAUUAAAGGAGCGUGAUCUUCAGAUGAAAUUGCAGAAAUUAAAAAAAGAUGCAGAAAAUAAGAAAAUGAACCAAGAAUACCAGCAAAUGCUGAAAUCCAUUAAGGAAGCUGAGGAGGAAGAAAAGCGAAAGGAAGCAGAGAAAAAACGCGCCAUCCUCGAAAUCCAUGAGUUUCAGCGAUCACAGAUCCUGGACCAUCAGAGACAGCGAGAGAAGCAGAAGUUGGCGGAGAAGAUGGAGGGUGACGAAAUUAAGCGUUUGGCAGAGGAAGCUGAAAAGACCAAGAAGGAACUGCAUCGACGCCAACUCGAGGACCAAAAGCGCACCCACAAAGACCUUCUGGAUGAAAUUGAAGUUCACAAGAAGAUGCGAUUUGUGGAACGAAUCAAGGAUGAGGAGCUGGACGAGCGAAUACGAAUCUACGAUGCCACCAAACGAGCGCUAACACUUCUGCUGAUUGACAAGGCGAAAGCCGACGCCGACGCUCAGGAGAAGCUGCAGGCGAGGGCCAGACAGCACCUGGAGAAGGCGCUCAAAGAGCACCAGACAAAUGAGGACGAGUUGACUGAGAAGGCGGUCAAACAGAUGGACGCAAAGUGGCGACAGCGUGAGGAACUCAAGGAGCAGCAACGGCUGGAGGCGAUGGCAGCGAUUGAGGCGCAUCGACUCGCCACGCUGAAGGCGCACGCUGACGCCCGGGCCAACCAGCGAGAAGCCGACAAGGCCGACUUGAAGAGGCGCAUCGCCAUGGACGAGGCAGCGCAUCGGGAAGACGCGGAACUGCGCGCCAAGCGUCUCGAGGAAGGCAGGCAGCUCGCCAACUUGUACAAGCAGGGAAUGAUUAGGACUGAUGAUCUGAGAAGAAAGGAGCGCCAGGCAGAGAAGGACUGGUUCAGUGAAUUCAGCAAACAGACAGACAAGCAGGAAGAGAUAUUCCAGGAGUACGCCAAACGGGUGAUUAAUGCAUGUGACACGGCGCAGAUACCGACCUUCGCAAUGAAAAAGGCAGCUCGCACGAAGAUGCCCGACGGCUUCGGCAUAACGUUAGUGGGAGAAGUUGGAACUUCUCCGGCUGACUCCGACUCAAAAUGCACUGUCUUGCCCGACCUGCCUCCAUUUACUGAAAACGUCGCUCUCUGA